CCCGACUGGGCCUCCCACACCCUCGGAGUCUUCAUCUGCCUGAGCUGCUCGGGCAUCCACCGGAACAUCCCCCAGGUCAGCAAGGUGAAGUCUGUCCGUCUGGAUGCCUGGGAUGAAGCCCAAGUGGAGUUCAUGGCUUCCCAUGGGAAUGAUGCAGCCAGAGCAGUCUACGAGGCGAGAGUGCCGUCCUUCUACUACAGACCCACCUCCUCUGACUGCCAACUCCUCCGAGAGCAGUGGAUCCGAGCCAAGUACGAGAGAAAGGAGUUCAUCCACCCUGAGAUGCAGGAGCCCUACUCGGCAGGGUACCGGGAAGGGCUUCUCUGGAAGCGGGGUCGUGACAACGGGCAGUUCCUGAGCCGGAAGUUUGUGCUAACGGAGCGCGAGGGGGCCCUGAAGUACUUCAACAAGAACGAGGCCAAGGAGCCCAAAGCCAUCAUGAAGAUCGAGCACCUCAACGCCACCUUCCAGCCAGCCAAGAUCGGACACCCCCAUGGGCUGCAGGUCACCUACCUGAAGGACAACAGCACCCGGAACAUCUUCGUCUACCACGAGGACGGGAAGGAGGCGGUGGACUGGUUCAACGCGCUGCGGGCCGCCCGCUUCCAUUACCUGCAGGUGGCCUUCCCGGGGGCCAGUGAUGCCGACCUGGUGCCCAAGCUGUCUCGGAACUACCUGAAGGAGGGCUACAUGGAGAAGACGGGACCCAAGCAAACCGAAGGGUUCCGGAAACGGUGGUUCACCAUGGAUGACCGCAGGCUCAUGUACUUCAAGGACCCCCUGGACGCCUUUGCUCGCGGGGAGGUCUUCAUCGGCAGCAAGGAGGGCGGGUACUCGGUGCUGGAGGGGCUCCCGCCGGCCACCCAGGGCCACCACUGGGCCUAUGGCAUCACCAUCGUCACACCCGACCGCAAGUUCCUGUUCGCCUGUGAGACAGAGGCUGACCGCCAGCAAUGGGUGGCCGCCUUCGAGAGUGUUGUGGACCGGCCCAUGCUACCCCAGGAGUACGCAGUGGAGGCCCAUUUCAAGCAUAAACCUUAG